AUUAAUAGCUGAAGUUUCCAGCAAAGAGUGGUGAAUGAGAUAGAGAGCAUUUGUGAGAGAGGGCAAAGAUAUUACUAAAAAUGAAGGGGAAGCUGGGUUACUCCUGGGCUAACAGCCCUCUGUGGCUUUAUUUGUUCUACCUACUAUGCCUUCCUUCAUAUACUUUGUUCAUUUAGUGGCCUGCCCAAAGGACAGUUACAAAAUCUGUGGUCAUUCUGCAGGCAGCAUAUAGUUUUCAUCCAGAGUCCAGAUUCAACUGGUAAAACUCUGUCUUACACAGGAUGACUUGGAAUUAGAGUCCUUAUAGCAGAAAGAGCAACAGGGCUGUCGUUGGGUAUCUGUUGCUCAGCCAAGUCAUCAGGUAAAAAGGCUGAUUGCACAGUAGACCAUGUGCCAAUCUGUGGGUUUCUGCAUGGCCAAGAGUCAGACCCUCCCUCCUGGCUCUGCUGGCCCAACCCACCAAGAGCUGGUUUAUUUAAACAGUUCCAGGUAGGGAAGACCAGCUGCCCCUGAACCUCAGAACGAUCAGCUGGAUCAGUUCUCAUAGGAGCCGCAGUGCAGAGACUGGGAAAUAUGGUUCCAAAACUGUUCACUUCCAAAAUUUGUCUGCUUCUUCUGUUGGGGCUUUUGGGUGUGGAGGGCUCACUCCAUACCAGACCCCGGAAUUUUUCCAGGGCGCAGUGGUUUCGCUUCCAGCACAUCCAAACAACGCCCCUCCGCUGCAACUCUGCAAUGCAGGCAAUUAACAAGUAUGGAACUCGAUGCAAAAACCAAAAUACUUUUCUUCAUACAACUUUUGCUAAUGUAGUUAAUGUUUGUGGUAACGCAAAUAUGACCUGCCCUCGUAAUGCAUCUCUCAACAAUUGUCAUCACAGUGGAGUCCAGGUGCCUUUAACCUACUGUAACCUCACAGGUCCACCGACUACUUCAAACUGCGUGUAUUCCUCAACUCAAGCAAACAUGUUCUAUGUAGUGGCAUGUGACAACAGAGAACAACGGGACUCUCCACAGUAUCCAGUGGUUCCGGUUCACCUGGAUACCAUCAUCUAAGCUCCUGUAUCAGUACUCCUCGUCAUCGCUCAUCUGCCAAGCUCCUCAGUCAUAGCCAAGAUCCCAUCCCUCCAUGUACCCUGGGUAUCAGCUUCUAUCCUCAUCAGUCUCCAUACCCCUUCAGGUUUCCUGAGCUGAAGUGCCUUGUGAACCUCGCAAUAAACUGCUUUGGAAAUUCA